AUGCUCAGUGCAGCAGAAGGCAUCCUUCUUUCCAUUGCAACUGUUGAAGCUGGGCUGGGAGUUUUAGGGAACACAUUUAUCGCCCUGGUUAACUGCAUGGAUUGGGCCAAGAACAAGAAGCUCUCUAAGAUUGGUUUCCUUCUCUUUGGCUUAGCAACUUCCAGAAUUUUUAUUGUAUGGAUAUUAAUUUUAGACGCAUAUGCAAAGCUAUUCUUUCCGGGGAAGUAUUUGUCUAAGAGUCUGACUGAAAUCAUCUCUUGUAUAUGGAUGACUGUGAAUCACAUGACUGUCUGGUUUGCCACCAGCCUCAGCAUCUUCUAUUUCCUAAAAAUAGCAAAUUUUUCCCACUAUAUAUUUCUCUGGUUAAAGAGGAGAACUGAUAAAGUAUUUGCCUUUCUCUUGUGGUGUUUAUUAAUUUCAUGGGCAAUCUCCUUCUCAUUCACUGUGAAAGUGAUGAAGAGCAAUCCAAAGAAUCAUGGAAACAGGACCAGUGGGACACAUUGGGAAAAGAGAGAAUUCACAAGUAACUAUGUUUUAAUCAAUAUUGGAGUCAUUUCUCUCUUGAUCAUGACCUUAACUGCAUGUUUCUUGUUAAUUAUUUCACUUUGGAAACACAGCAGGCAGAUGCAGUCUAAUGUUUCAGGAUUCAGAGAUCUCAACACUGAAGCUCAUGUGAAAGCCAUAAAAUUUUUAAUUUCAUUUAUCAUCCUUUUCAUCUUGUACUUUAUAGGUGUUGCAGUAGAAAUCAUCUGCAUGUUUAUCCCAGAAAACAAACUGCUAUUUAUUUUUGGUUUGACAACUGCAUCCGUCUAUCCCUGCUGUCACUCAGUCAUUCUAAUUCUAACAAACAGCCAGCUGAAGCAAGCCUUUGUAAAGGUACUGGAGGGAUUAAAGUUCUCUGAGAACGGAAAAGAUCUCAGGGCCACAUGA